AUGAAGUGCGUCGUCGAAUACCCAAAGGACCAUCCGUUUCCGAUCCAGAAUCUGCCCUAUGGCAGCUUCUACACCGCCGGCGAUGCUUCGAGCCAGCGGUGCGGCGUAGCGAUCGGCGACUACAUCCUCGACCUCCAGGCGCUCUCGUACACAUCGCACUUCUCGCCCACUCUCGACCGGGAUGUGUUUGCUGUCCAGCCGAGUCUCAACGCGUUCAUGGGCCUGGAGAAGCAAACGUGGCUCGACUUUCGCACGCAUCUGCAACAGCUCCUCUCUCAACCCUCGCCGCUGACUCUCGACGCUACUGUGGCAGCUGCGGAUGUCGAGGCUGGCAUUGCGCAGCGCAAGCACAUUGGACGUCGCCUGUUCGUCGACCGGCUUGCGCAAGAUACGGUGCUGUGUUUGCCGUGCCGUAUCGGCGACUACACCGACUUCUACUCGAGCCUCGAGCACGCCUACAACUGCGGCGUGCUCAUCCGCGGCAAGGAGAACGCGCUACAGCCCAACUGGCGUCAUCUUCCCGUGGCGUACCACGGCCGAGCCUCGUCGAUCGUCCCCUCGGGUACACCCAUCCAUCGACCCGUGGGACAGAUCCUCGACAAGCCGGGCGACACUCAACCCGUCAUUGCUCCGUGCAGAAGACUCGAUUUCGAGCUCGAGGUCGGAUUUCGACUGUCGCCGGCCGAGGCGGCGGAUCGCGUGUUUGGCGCGGUGCUGCUCAACGACUGGUCGGCGCGCGACAUCCAGACGUGGGAAUACGUGCCGCUUGGUCCGUUUCUGAGCAAGAACUUUGCAACGACCAUCUCGCCGUGGAUCGUGCCGGUGCACGCACUCGAGCAGUUCACCUGCCCGGGGUACGACCACCAACCUCCGCUGCUGCCCUACCUCCAAGACGGCACCAACACCAACUUUGACAUUCCGCUCACGGUAGCCCUUCGCCCAUGGGAAAGUGACGAGGCUCUAGACUCGGGCUUUGCGGUGAUUUCGCACUCGUCGCUGCGCCACACGUACUACACGGUGCGCCAGAUGAUUGCGCACCAUUCGACGACCGGCUGCCCCCUCAACCCAGGCGAUUUGUUGGGUACAGGCACGCUCUCGGCGCCUGGCACCGAGGGGUAUGGUUCGCUGCUCGAAAUGUCGCACAUGGGCCGUCGGCCUUUCAGCGUGCAGAGCACGGUGGGGGAGGUGCAGAGGACGUUCCUCAACGACGGCGAUACAGUCAAGAUGUCCGGCAAGGCCACCGCGAGCAACGGCGAGUAUGCGAUCGGGUUUGGAGAGUGUGUCGGCACCAUCCUCCCCGCCGUUCCGAUGUAG